AUGUUCUCUGCGGGCCAUGCAAAAUAUUUACCUAAAACAUCUGGAUUGUGUCAAAAAUUAUUAGAUAAUGAAUUACUUAGUGAAAUUUCAUCUUAUAAAAAUGUAAGUGAAGAAAUUUUUAGAUUAGCCAAAUUUGUGGAUAAAUUUGGCGCUCGGCCCUCGGGUUCUGUAAUAUUGGAAGACUCCAUAGAUUACAUGAUCCAAUUAACACGAGAUGAAGGCAUUAACGAUGUUACUACCGAGGAACUAGAAGUUCCACAUUGGGUCCGAGGUAAUGAAGUUAUAACUAUGCUUAAACCUAGAGUAAAAAAUAUUGAUUUAUUAGGAUUGGGCAGAAGUGUGAGCACACCCGAAGACGGUAUCACCGCAGAGGUCAUAGUUUUCUCAAAUUUUGAACAGUUAGAAGCCACACCUCUGGAAGAUAUAAAAGGAAAAAUUGUACUUUAUGAUCCAGUUUUUACAACAUAUGGUGAGACGGUAGUAUAUAGAUCGAAUGGAGCUACAAAAGCAGCUGAAAAAGGCGCUUCGGCAGCAUUAGUACGAUCGAUUACCCCAUUUUCAAUUAAUUCUCCGCAUACUGGAUCUCAGACAUAUGAUGGCAAUGUAACCAAAAUUCCAACGGCUGCAAUUACUCUUGAAGACGCAGAUUUGAUAAGGAGGUUAUAUAAUCGAGGUGAAACUGUUGUAUUAAACAUAAAAAUGUCUUCAACUUAUGAUACUAAAAUUUCACGAAAUACAAUUAUUGAUUUGAAGGGAAUUGAGAAACCAGAAAAACUUGUAAUUGUCUCUGGCCACAUUGACAGCUGGGAUGUAGGUCAAGGAGCAAUGGACGAUGGAGGUGGUUUACUCAUCAGUUGGGCAGCACCAGUUAUCCUAAACCAUUUGAAUUUGAGACCAAAACGAACUAUUAGAUCAAUAUUUUGGACAGCUGAAGAAUUAGGGCUAAUUGGCGCGUACGCGUACGAAGAAAAGCAUAGAAAUGAAAGUUCAAACAUUAAUUUUAUAAUGGAAUCAGACGAAGGUACAUUUGCCCCUCUUGGAUUAGCAGUGGCUGGUAAUCAAGAAGCUAGGUGCAUUAUUGCCGAAAUUUUAAAUUUAUUUGCAUCCAUAAACGCUUCUACUUUAGUUGAAGAUGACAGCCCUGGGUCUGACAUAAAUGUAAUAAUUCAAACUGGUGUACCUGGUGCCAGUCUUCACAAUGCUAAUGAAAGAUAUUUCUGGUUUCAUCACACUGAUGGAGAUACAAUGAAUGUUGAAGAUCCAAAGGAACUUGAUUUAUGUGCUGCGUUUUGGACUGCGGUCGCGUACAUUAUAGCUGAUCUCUCAGUUGAUAUACCACGAUAA